AUGCAGUUCAUAUAUUCCCUUGCUAUUCUUGCCCUCGCUUCCUCUGUCUGCGCAUCCUCCGUUGUAGAAAGCAAGGAUGUCAAAACCAAUGAGGCACCCUCCAAGCGCCAGAUCGAUGCGCUUCACAAGGCUAAGGAGAAGGCUUCGCUUGGCGGGAAGACGUUUUUAGAGGAGGAGAGAGCGCGGGUGAAGGAAAGUGGGAAUGGAAAGGAGGAGUGGGAGGGCUCGCUUUAUGCGGUAGGGAUGGGGAGCGGGAUGGUCGCGAGGAUGGUGGAGGGGGUGAAGAGGGGGAGGUUUGGACAUUUGAGGGGGGUGGGAGAGAAGGGGUAUGUGAAUGCGGUGGAGGGCGAAAAAAGGGAUGUGUGGGUCGUUGUCCAUCUUUAUGAUCAGACAAUUGAUGGCCAGUAA